AUGGAUUCUGCUACGGCAUUAUCAGCAAGUGAAACUUCGAAAGAAGACAUGAAUACAUUUCAAAAUAUUAUACGUCAUAUUGUAUCAAUAAAAGAUCCACCUAUUUCUUUAUUACUUAUUCGUCAUCCAGCUGUACGUACAAGUAUUGAAGCUUCGAAUCAACGACAAGUUCCAUUACAUAGUGGAGCUAAAGCAAUGCUUGUUUGUCAAAAAAAUACAGGUCAAUUUACACUAAUUGUUCUUCCAGCUCAUUUAUCAGUUGAUCAUAAAAAGAUAGCUUCUAUUCUUGGUGUAUCUCAAUCAAAAUUACGUAUGGCUAAUGAAGAAGAAGUACAAAAAAUAACUGGUUGUAUACCAGGUGCUGUUCCACCAUAUGGUGCUUUAUUUUCUCAAUAUGUCAAAACAUUAAUUGAUGAAAAAAUGUCUCAAUCAACAUCAUAUCCACCACCAUUAAAAUUUAAUUCAGAAGUUAAAUUAUUUUCAACAAAUGAUAUGGAAUGGCCACAUGAUUUAGCAAAUGUUCCACUACCAGCACUUAUUGAUUCAAAUCGAAAUGAUUGUAUUCAUUUCAAUUUAGGUUUAAGAACUAUUUCAUGUGCGAUAUCAUUUAAAGAUUAUUUGAGAGUUUUAGGAGAAGACAAUUAUCUUAUUUGUGAUAUUUCAAAAUGA